AUGGGGGAAACGGACGGAUCCAAGAAGCGACAAGGGGGGAAAUCGGAUCACCCUGCGGCCAUCAUCCAUCCUGGGAACCCAGACGCGGGGAAUCAGGAAAGCAAGGAUCAUCCUAAGCUUCCAGACGGCGGAAGGCCGUUACUACUUGAAGAGAGGAUGGUAGGCGACUCGCCGGUCGCCGUCUCCGAGACACCGAGAGGGGAGACGGAGGCGACCGAGAAGGAUGAGAAGGAUGAUGAGGAGGAGGAGAAGAAGGGGAAGAAGAAGGAGAAGAAGCCGGCGGUGCCGUACUGGCGGCUCUUCUCCUACGCGGACCGCACGGACGUGGCGCUCAUGGCGGUCGGCACGCUCGGCGCCGUGCUUCACGGCGCCGCGCUGCCGAUCUCGUUCCUGUUCCUGGGGAAAAUGGUGGACUCGUUCGGCACGAACGACCUGUCCGGCGUGAACACGGUGAGGGGCGUGAGAGAGGGACGUGAUGAUGGGGAGGGCGUGAGGCGAGCGGCAAAGUGCGAGGGUGCGCCGGCUGUACCUGCAGGCGCUGCUGCUGCAGGAGGAGCAGUCUGGACCCUUGUGUUCCACUCCUCUCCGCCACUCCCCACACCUCCCUUUCUCCUCCCCCUUUCCUCCUUCGCAGAGGUGGCAUGCUUGAUGCACACGGGCGAGCGGCAGAGUGCAAGGGUGCGUUGGCUGUACCUGCAGGCACUGCUGCUUCAUCCGGAGCGAUGGGGAGGUGGCGUGCUGGAUGCACACGGGCGAGAGGCAGAGCGCGAGGGUGCGCCGGCUGUACCUGCAACUCACAUUUCCCCCUCUUCCCAUCUCCUCCUCUGUCCUCCGCUUCCCCUGCCAUCCCCGCAGAGGUGGCGUGCUGGAUGCACACGGGCGAGAGGCAGAGCGCGAGGGUGCGCCGGCUGUACCUGCAACUCACAUUUCCCCCUCUUCCCAUCUCCUCCUCUGUCCUCCGCUUCCCCUGCCAUCCCCGCAGAGGUGGCGUGUUGGAUGCACACGGGCGAGCGGCAGAGUGCGCGGGUGCGCCGGCUGUACCUGCAGGCGCUGCUGCGGCAGGAGGUGGCCUUUUUUGACCUCGAGGCGUGCUCGGGGGAGCUGGUGAACCGCGUAUCAUCUGAUGUGCUGCUGCUGCAAGACGCCAUCUCAGAGAAGGUGGGCAACUGCAUUCACUACUUCUCCACGUUCGUCUGCGGCUUCAUAGUCGGCUUCACCAGCGUGUGGCAGCUGGCUCUGGUCAUUCUCGCCGUCUGCCCGCUCAUCAUCGCCACGGGAGGGAUCUAUGCGGCUGUGCUCACGGGCCUCAUGACUCAGGGCGAGAAGGCUUACAGUGAAGCAGGGAAGAUUGCUGAACAGGCGGUGGGGCAGGUGCCCCCAGUGCAGUCAUACGGGGCAGAGGACAGGACAGCGGAGGCGUAUGGGCGUUCCCCCAACGAACCCCUCACCACCCCCUCUUCUCCGUUUCUUUUCCUUCCUCUCCCCAUCCCCCCUCCACCACCACAGGCGGUGUUGCAGGUGCGCACAGUGCAGUCAUACGUGGCAGAGGACAGGACAGUGGAGGCAUGUGGCCUCCCUCAUCGCCUCGCCACCCACAACCUCCCUCACCACCCCCUCUUUACCACUCCCUCCCCUCCAUCGCCCCCACCACAUCAGGCGGUGGGGCAGGUGCGAACAGUGCAGUCGUACGUGGCAGAGGACAGGACAGUGGAGGCAUGUGGCCUCCCUCAUCGCCUCGCCACCCACAACCUCCCUCACCACCCCCUCUUUACCACUCCCUCCCCUCCAUCGCCCCCACCACAUAGAAUCCUGUCUUCUCAUGACGUCCCCCCCCGGUAG